AUGACGCCCAACUUCACUAUAGCCUGCGGCGUUGAUAGCUAUACUGUCGAUCUCGACGUCAUUGCUCCCUACUCCGAAUACUUUCGGCGCGCAACAAGGUUUGGGAAAGAGGCUUCUGAAGGCACCAUAACGCUUCAUGACGACGAACCUGCUAUCAUCAGUCUCAUGAUCGAGUUCCUUCAUGAAGGCGACUACGACGCCACUUCCUGGAAGAUCGAUGCGCGCGCAGGAGAUCUGACAUGGAUCAGAAGUUAUGGCAACAGCCCGUAUGCCAGCAGCGGAACUAUCAACCAGAACGACCCCUGCAGUGGUGAUGAGAGUUCGGGCUUGCCCUACGGAGCGGCAUCACUAGCCACUGUUGAGAAACGACAGCGGGUACUUCAAGGCAUGCCAAAGGGCUCAGGCCGAGCGCUCUAUCACACACCAACACCCCGCCACAUGUUGCUACACCUUCAACUCUGGGAAGUAGCAGACAAGUAUCUAGUACCGGACCUACAGGCGCUAUGUACAAAGAGGUUCAACGAAGCAGCUGAAUACUAUCACCCCCACCCAGAAAUGAUCGACGCCAUCUUGUGGGUUUACGAAGAUCUUCCGGAGCAUGCGGGGGAUCUGCGGGAGGCGGUGUUUUUGAUCGUCGUCGAACAUCCAGAGCUGCUCGAUGGUGAAGCGGUUAGGGAAUCUUCACCUUGUCAAGACCUGCGUGAUGCUGUGGCUUCACGGGGACUUGGACAGACGGAGUGGGUAUUCAAUCGUCCGCGCGAGGUUUGGCCUUAUAUCUCUUAAGAUGGUGGCGUCAUUAUUAAUGUACCAUAUAAUAUUCUCGGGAUGUUAUAACUUUUCGUAGAAUAUAGGGCCUACAAGAUCAUGUUUAUGUUCUUUUCCUCAUUACCCAUGAAUCCAGAAGUACUUGAAGC